AUGCACGCACAACCGUACACACUCGCGCGCGCACACACGCACACGCUCGCAGCGCACCGCAGCGCGCGCGCAUAUAAUUAUUUUAUUAAAAUAUAUAUUAUUUACCCGAUAGUGAACCUAUAACAAUAAUAAUGUAUACAAUAAAUUUCAUUCCGAUAACAGCAGAAAAAAAAUAAUAAAUAUAAUAUCACAAUAGUUUAAAAUUAUACUUCCACUCGCGUUAAUUAUUAUAAUGCCGCGACAAUUUACGCGUAAAUCGACGACGGUGACUAAUUAAAUUGAUGUUAUUAUUCAGUCGUGUAUGUGUACCGCGUCGUAUUCGUACACGAAUAUUUUUUUUUUAUUUAUUUGUUAUUAUUUUAACGCUAUUUCGAUAAAUUAAUUUUCGUUUCUCCGCGAUAUAAUUGUUCGACGAUAAUCAGCUCGGCAAUCCGGUUUCAGAUACCAAAGUUUUUUGACUCGGCUUGUCGCGUACGAGCUUAUUAUUAACGAGCGUUCGACGCCGACGGGAUGGACGACGUUUGACACGACCAAACAAUCUUUCAAACUAUACAAUAUUGGCUAAAAGCGGUAACAGUGAAACAAUUGCAGACAAAGACUCAAUGAGCAACGUGAAUGAUGAAGUCAAAGCUGUUGGUGACAAAAGUAUUGAGGAGCAGAAGGCGUCACCAAAAGUUGUCGAAGCUGACAUUCCAAUGACAUUUGUAGAGACUGAGCAGCACGAUUCCCUAGAACACCCUAAGAAAAAUAAUGAUAAUGAAGAAAAGGAAGAUGAACCGUCGAAAGAGAACGAAAUGUUAACCACUAUGCGUCUGGUAGGUGAGCCACUGGCCACACACGGCCCGUACACAUUUUACAGUGCGUUAGCCUACCGUAAACGCGAAGACAUAACAAAAAAGAAGAGACGGCGAUGGAAAAAGCCUAAGACAGGGGUGGACAACGGAAGUGAUAAUGCUGCUGAGUCUUACGAUUCGUCGUCGUCAUGUUGUUGUGCCAAUAAUGAUGCUGGUAGUGAUCUGUGUUUCUGUGAUGAUGGAUUGUCUUCGUCAUCAUCUAAUUCUGAAUGGUCCGUUGUACGCAUGAAUCAUUUCUAUGCAGUUCGCCCAUGGUAUAGCAAGAGAAAUAGCAGUAGCAAUGACCGCCAGCAGCUGCGACAGCGAAGACGUCAACGAAAAAAUUCACCGAAAUUGUCGAAAACAACUAAUGCAGUAGCAGAGAGGCGACAACAUCACUAUCAGCAAUCCGUUUGUAUUGGUGAAUUGGAGUUAUUAUGGCGUGACGAUAGUGUGUUAACAUCAACAACAGCUUCAUCAUCUUCGUCACAGCUCAAGAAACGCAAUAGUAACAGAAUUGUGCCACCUACACUGUUAACAGAGGCAUCAAAUGACGGCGGUGAUAAAACAGAUACUAUGAUAAGCAGUAGCAACAUCCAAAGUGGUGCUGUGGCCAGUUCAGAUGAUGACGACGGUGUUAGUGGUGGAUUUGAUGAUGAUUCGGCAACAUUAUUGCCACGUCGUCGUACUUUACCAAGACGCACUCGUCAGCCAUCAGCUAAGAAACUUGAAGCUGCAGAAUCUUAUGCUGCAGUGACAGCUGCGGCAUCGUCUGAUAACCACCUCUCUUCACAGUCGCCGUACAACCGCAAUCGGGUAUCUACAGCUAUGCCAUCGGAUCCUACCUCUGUGAGUGUUCCACUAUUGUCUCCAGACGCUCAGUAUAAUCAUGGAAACAUACUGUGUAGUGUUCGGUUAUACGUUAUGCCUGAUCAGACAGCUGCCGGUCGACUUGGUGGUGUACAUGGUGAGGACGAAGUGUUAGAGAUCAACACUUGGAAUGCCAGUGGUGGUGCAGAUAGAUGGCCAAGUAACAUUUUUAUUAAUGGUAGCAGUGGUGUAGGAUCUAUCUACAAUGGCGGUGGUAGUGUUGAUGAUUAUGGAUAUGGUAGUGGAAGUCAUUCGUCAGGAACACUGCCAUCUGGCUGUUCAGGAUUAGUAUUACGAGCUGAAGAUUUUGUCGAAUGGGUUCGCGGUGGACUGAUGAAUGAUGAUGAUGAAAAUGAAGACACUGAGUCUGAUGAUGAGUCAUCAGAAUCAGAAUGUAAUGAUAACAGUUCUAAUGAUCAAAAAUCCAACAGAAUAGAAACUUUGAAAACUAUGGAUGAACAGCAACUAUCAGAACUACCAACAUUAAUAACGGACAUAAAGGGUGAUGUAAAACAAUGUCAGAAAGUGAAAUUAGAAUCGACACAGGACAUAAAUGUUGUAGUAAAAGAAGAUUUACUUUCUGUAAAUCCAGUUAAGGUAAAAGAAGAACAAGAAGAUUUACUCUCUUUAAAUCCAGUUAAAGUUAAAGAAGAACAAGAAGAUUUAAUCACAGCUGAUGGAAGUAAUUAUUACUCUAAAUAUACUGUUGAAGAAGCUGUAGAAGCAGAACAUGUUCCUUUAGCUGCAGCUAGAAUUCACAAAAAGCACUGCGAAGGUAUUACUAACCGUCAUCGGCAUUGCCAUCGUCAGCGCCAUCGCUUAAAUCAUGAGUCGUUGGUUAAUGGUGAUAGCACGAGUUCUGUUGCUAAGAAAGAAGAUCAUCCCCAUUAUAAUGUAUCAACAGCAGUAAACAAAGUUGAAAAGAAACUGGACAGUGAUCAAAAAUGUUGUUGCUAUUGUUGUAAACGUCGUCGCCAAAAUUACCAACGUAAUGGUAAAAAAAUGAAAAGCAAUGUCAGUGGGGGUAAUAAUAUAAAACAACGAUUAGUGGUUAUGAGCUACUCUAGGUACUGCCGAUAUAGAGCUCAAUUGCAACGUAAACGUGAAGAACAAAUGAUCAAAGGAGAUACUGCUGUUGUCAAAGAUGAUGAUAAAGAAAAGUUAAUGACACCCACAUACCGUGGAGUAGAUUCUAUGACCCGAGUUUUAUUUUGUCGAGACACGUAUGACUAUCCAGCUGAACUUCUGUUAGAACCUUUUAAUGCACAACAAAACCAUCAGCAAAACACUGCAGUGUUGGUCAACCACAUGGCGCCUAAACUCAAAGGCUGGCCUUCUCACCCAGCAUCUUGGAUGUCAUUCAGAUGGAACCGAGUGCGCCGCCGGUUACGACACUUAGAACGUGGUGGUGACAGUAAUGAUGACCGACGUAGGCGUCAUCGACGCCGAAAGCUUAAGAAGAAAUGUAGUCGACAACAAAAUGGAGCCAGUGGGGCGACAGUGGGAAUGAAUUAUUCGUCAUCAACCGAAGACGAUGAUUCAGACGAUUCAGAUUCUGAUGAUGGGUCUUCUGCAACAAACGAUGCUGCCACAAAUACUACUACCGAAGCUUCUACCUCAGAUUCAGAUAGCGCACCGCCGCCAUCAACAGUAGUAUCUAAAACUACCAAUAAGAAUAAUUCCACUACAAAAGUUAACAUUCAUCACAGCAACAAAAAAACUGUUUCGACAUCAUCUACCGGAAACAUGAUCGUGGUUAACGGUGCUACUACUGUAUCUGCGGCUGUGAUUAACAAGCGUCCAGCAACAGCUGUCGGGCAACCUGGUCAGCCACAUCCGACUAAACGUCGCCGCGUAGUUUAUACCACAGAACAACUUCAGAAUCAACAACCGCGAGUAAUUUACCAACAGCAACAAUCACAUCCAAGACCUAGACAGCCGCAACAACAGCAACAGUCUACUCAUCGAUCUAAACAAUUGGAACAAUUAAAUCAACUUAACCAAUCUCAACGUCAACAGCACAUCUUUGCUGCACAGCAGCAACAACAAAGAUUACAGCCGUUAAACAGGCGGUUACCACCACCUAUUUCGUCAUUACAAUCAUCAACGACUAGAAUAAUACAUCAUCACCUACCACCUUCGGUAUCUAUUAUGCCAGUCAUAGUCCCCUCAACCAAUAGUUCUCCUCAUCAACAACUUCAAAAAUUCAACAAUCGACUACAAAACCGGCAAAAAAUUCAUGCUUCGGCUACAGUUUUACCGGUCACUUCUCAGCGAAGAAAUAAUAACCUUGAACGACAACAAACACAACUUCCGCCUGUUAUAAUAGAAUAUGAUGAUGACGAUGACAACCGAGAGUAUGGAUCUGAUGAUAAUGGUCGAUACAAAAAAUCUACAGUAGCGGCUGCUAUGGCAGCUUGCCAAAGACGUGUUUCACACCAACAUUUCAAUGACGAGCAAAGACAACAGCGAGAAGAUGAAGAGAGGCAGCGUCGAUGGCUGGUAGAUGCUUUGCGAUUAGGUGGGUUGGAAGUGACAGCAGUACCUUUAAAUGCAACUGCUAGUAGUGGAAAUAGCGUUGGAAGAGAAGCUAGUGCUGCAGUAACCUCUCAACAGCGUCGACGGCGUGGUGUUUCAUUCGAAUCAUUGUUGUCCACCAAUAAUGAAGACUUCAACGGUGGUGUUCGAAAUGAACCAUGCCAUGGUGGUACAGAUGAUGACUCAAAUGUAGAUUCUGACUCAGAUUCUGUGGUGAUGACCGUAACGCCUGAUGUCGUAUGCCUAUUAAGCAAGUCUCAGCAACAUCAACAGCAAAUAUCUCAUCAAAGACAGACAUCGCCUGGAAAUAGUUCCACGUCAACAACCUCGGUAACAAUGAGUCAUCGCAAUCAGCAACGACGGCGAUCAGUAAAUAUGAACCACAGUACCAUUGGUGAUCAACAGCCUACCACAGCAGCGGCAGCAGCAGCAUUGCAUGACAAAAUAAAUCGAGCAAUUGAUUCACUAAAACUGCAACAACAGCAACAAAAGCCAAACCAAGACACACCAGUCAGUAAUAACACUAAUAAUGUAUUAUUGACUGGUGGCACUAAUAAUAGAAAUCCUAUUGGUGAAAUGAAUAGGCAACAGCAACGACCACGCAAGAAUGGUGGCGUAGUCCGGCAACAGCAGACAGCGGCUGGCCUACUGGACCUUUCUGUUAAGCCAUUAACAGCACUUAACACCACAAAGCAACAAAGAUCAACUUCAACAAUCAUGAACAGCAACCUACAAAAUCAGCAAAACCGUAAAGGUAUAAUACCAUUCCAUUCUACUACAACUACUACUACUACUACUACUACUACAGGACCAUCAACUGCUGCAACUAACUUAGAAAUCACAAUUGUACCUGUUACAACUUCUGUCUCAACCAAUUCGUUGAGGCUUCUAUCACAGCAGCAACAUAAACGUAGUUCAUCAGCAGUAACCCAUAAUAAUUCAACUAGUGGUGGUUCUGCUGCUAGUUCAUUUGGUCCUAUGACGGUUAGGCAACAGUUACAACGUCGUAAUGCAGCAGCAGUUUCAACAACUUCUGCAUCAGCAUCAAUCGUAGACAUGUCAUGUGGAGGCAGAAAUCGAAACCAUCAACAACGUAAUGGUAGUAGUAUGUCUGUUACAGCGACAUCUUCUAUUACUACUACUACUACUACUACUACUACUUCUUCUACAACUUCCUCUUUGCAGCAAAAUCAGCAGCAACAAAUUCUCAUAAUGGCUGCUACUGCAAUGGCUACUCAACAACAGAAAACUGAUAAACGUAAAUCACAACCUAAUAAAAAAGAUUAAAAUAAUCUUCUACUAAUUGUUCAUUGUGUAAAAUAAUAGUGUAGAAGAUGGAGAAAAUGCAAUUUUUUGUGUAUUAAGUAUAAUUUAUUUAUACAUAAUAUAUUAUAUGUCCUAUAAUUUUAAGAAUAACACGCAUGUUAGAGUUAAGUAUAAUGUAUCUGGUAUAUUUUCUAUAAAAAUUGUAAACAAUGGUGUGUGUAUGUGUGUGUGUGUGUAUGUGUUUGUUUUGUUACAACUAUAACAUUAUUUUUUUCAACUUAUAAACUUAAUUAAUAAUUAUAUAAAAUGCAUGUAUUGUAAAAUGUUAAUGGUAUUAAUAAUAAAAAUUAAAGAACAAUCAAUUUUAUUAUAAUAAUUAUAUUGGUAUUAAAAAUA